AUGGCAUCGAUUGUCUAUCACCCUCAAGGUUGUUCCUCUGGAAAUGGCCUUGUGACGCUCGUUUCGCCUGGGUCAGCGGGGACCGGUGUAUGCUUUUUCAACGACGGCGCAUUUCCAAAUUCCAAUCCUUCUGGAGGAUACGAGAUUCAAGGGAUGCCGGCUACAGUGUCGGUUACUAUAUCCCAAGGUCCACCCGAUGGUACAACUUGUGGUGAAGAGCUCAUUGCUCUAGAACACCAAAAUGGAUGUUAUGAUUUGCCAAAUCUUUCAAAUCGAAUUUGGUGGGGAUUUUGCAACACGGGAAAAGAUUGUCCUGGAGUAACUAAGAGGCGCUCCUACCCGCCCUCAAUCAUGCCCAAGACAGUGUUCGCUGCCAAUGAAGGCUUUAAAAGAACUGUUGAUAUUGAGAAGAAAGAUACCAGAAGCCUAGGCAUAGUCUAUACCGACGAGAAGGGCGAUUAUCUCCUCAGUUCUACCGGCCGACGAGUCCCUGUUAUGUAUCACAACGAGACAUCCUUGGAAUUGCAUAAAACCCCAAUCCAGAAGCGGCAAAGUCAAACAUUCAGCCCGCCCGACAGCUGCGUUCUGGAUUCUAACACUUGUCAAUCUCUGGCUGAUUCUGGUCAGCUGAGGGCCCUUUGCGUCAAUUGCGAGCAGGGCUUAGGAAAUGGGGUUAAAGCGUCAGGAUCAUCAAUGAUUGACUGCCGGAAUUCUGGUGGGCCAUGCCCAGUCACAUUCACCGAUUCGGUGACUGUAACCGACACCAUAUCCGAAAGCAUCACUUUUGGAGCCACCAUCGGUGACACAGGCAAGGAUGGUGCCAGUGGAAAUGCAAAUUUUGGCUUUGGAUUCAGCGUUUCUAUCGCUACUACGCAUGGUACAUCCGAAGGUCUUCUGAUCCCCCAGGGCAAAAUUGGCUUUGUCCAAUUUCAGCCCCAGGCUCAGUUGGGUACUGUUGUUACAACAAGCUCCCAAGGAAACGUUUGUGACAGCGCCGGGCUCAACAAGGUCUGCGGAGCUCAGCCUGGUAUACUCGUCAGCAGUUCCAACGAUGCUGAUGGCCAAUACAGCGUGGUUCUGAGCAGCUAA